AUGAAAAUGGAUGAUGAUGCUCCAAACUACCAAAAAGGCUUUGAAGUUUCAGGCGACUUCUCUUUAUCUCAUGACCCGUCCAAAUUCUUUGACGACGAUGGACGUCCCAAAAGAACGGGGACACUUUGGACUGCCAGUGCACAUAUUAUAACUGCGGUGAUAGGUUCAGGGGUGUUGGCAUUGGCAUGGGCUACAGCACAGCUGGGUUGGAUCGCGGGACCAACUGUUCUUUUCCUUUUUUCGUUCGUAACUUAUUACUGUUCUUGCCUUCUUGCAUCAUGCUACCGCACUGGCGAUCCUGUCACUGGCAAAAGAAAUUACACCUACAUGCAAGCCGUCAAGUCCAAUCUUGGUGGGUUCAAAUUCAAAAUAUGUGGGUUCAUUCAGUACUUUAAUCUAACAGGGACUACAAUUGGGUACACAAUUGCUGCUUCAAUUAGCAUGAUGGCAAUAAAAAGAGCGAGUUGUUUUCAUGAGAAAGGUCAUGAGAGCCCAUGUGGAGUAUCAGGGACACCGUUUAUGGUAUUGUUUGGUGUGGUGGAGAUUCUUCUUUCUCAAAUCCCCAACUUCCACGAGAUUUCAUGGCUCUCCAUGGUCGCUGCUGUCAUGUCCUUCACUUACUCCGCCAUCGGUCUUGGCCUUGGUAUCGCCAAAUUUGCUGGGAAUGGAGAAAUAAAGGGAAGCCUAAGUGGUAUAAGUGUUGGAGAAGUGACUGAAACCCAAAAAGUAUGGAGGAGCUUCCAAGCAUUUGGGGCCAUUGCUUUUGCCUACUCUUACUCCACUGUCCUCAUCGAAAUCGAGGAUACCAUCAAAGCCCCACCAAUGGAGCAGAAAACAAUGAAGAGGGCGACAUUGAUAAGUGUAGUAACCACUACCAUAUUUUACAUGCUCUGUGGAUGCUUCGGUUAUGCAGCUUUUGGGGACCAUGCUCCAGGGAACCUUCUAACAGGGUUCGGUUUCUACGACCCCUUUUGGCUCGUUGACAUUGCAAACGUUGCCAUCAUAGUUCACCUUGUGGGCGCAUACCAAGUAUUUGCACAACCCAUAUUCGCGUUUGUUGAAACAAGCGCUGCACAAUACUUCCCUGAAAGCAAAUUCAUCACAAAGGAUAUACACGUUCCGGUACCCGGGGGUUACUACAAACUUAACUUGUUUAGAAUGGUCUGGAGAAGCAUGUUUGUGUGCAUGACCACUCUUGUUGCCAUGUUGAUGCCCUUCUUUGAAGAUGUUGUCGGGAUCCUUGGAGCAGUCGGGUUCUGGCCAUUGACUGUUUAUUUUCCAGUGGAAAUGUACAUAGCUCAAACCAAGAUACCAAAGUGGAGUCAUAAAUGGAUUUCUCUACAGCUCCUAAGUGGAUCCUGCCUCAUUAUUUCGAUCUGUGCAGCUGCUGGUUCCAUCGCUGGAGUCAUUAAAGAUCUCCAGGUCUAUAAACCCUUCAAGACCAUGUAUUGA